ACCUGUCACAAAGACACGCGCGCCAAACUCCUCCGCGAGAUAUACAGCUGGGCUGAGGGACAGGACGGGCGAUGCAUCUUCUGGCUGCGCGGCCUAGCGGGCACGGGCAAGUCGACAAUCGCGCGGACCGUCGCGCGCCGCUACUACGACCAGCAGCGUCUUGCGGCCAGUUUCUUCUUCUCGCGCGGCGGCGGCGAUAUUGGCCACGCAGGCAAAUUUGUCACGAGCAUUGCGGUGCAGCUUGCACAAAAUGUGCCAGAAGCGCAUGUACAUAUCUGCACGGCUAUGAUAGAGCGCGGCAAUGUUGCCAGCCAGACUUUGCGCGACCAGUGGCGACACCUCGUUCUCCGUCCGCUGUCGAAGCUGCGCGAGCCAGGGCCAUACGUUGUGGUUGUCGAUGCGCUCGACGAGUGCGACAAUGAAAACGAUGUCCAGAUCCUCAUACAGCUGCUGUCUGAGGCUCGGUCCCUAGACAGGGUCCGACUGCGAGUGUUUCUGACCAGCCGGCCAGAAGUGCCAAUCCGUCACCAGUUCGGGCAGAUGGCAGAUGCGGACCACAAGGACUUUGUGCUGCACGACAUAUCGCCGUUGACAGUCGAUCAGGACAUAAAGUCGUUUAUUACGGAUGAGCUUCACUCACUCGGGCGAAAAUUUUGUCUCCCCGCUGGCUGGCCAGGUGCGGAGGUGAUUCUGCAGCUAGUGCAAAGCGCAAGCCGCCUGUUUAUCUGGGCAGCAACCGCUUGUCGCUUCAUCUGCGCAGGGAGGCAAUUUGCAGCUAAAAGACUAGAUACGAUCCUGCGCAAUGACAGCAAUACUGCUGUGGCCCCAGAGAAGCAUCUUGAUCAGAUCUAUGUUACCGUGCUCCAGAACUCGGUGUCUGCAGACUACACAGAGGAAGAGAAGGAAGAGCAGUAUAGAAUGCUGAGGUACGUUCUCGGGAGUCUGGUGGUACUGCUGUCUACGCUAUCCGUGCAGUCCUUAAGCAAGCUGCUCCAGUCUACAGAUGAAGAGGUGGGACAGACACUAUGGGACUUACACGCCAUCAUCAGCAUCCCACAAGAUCCCACCCAGCCGCUUCGUCUGCACCAUCCAUCGUUCCGCGACUUCCUCCUUAGCAAGAAGAGAUGCAACGACGAGAACUUCUGGGUGGACGAGAGUAGCAUACACGAGAAGCUAGCAUCUCACUGCCUCCAGCUCAUGUCUACGCCAGACAACCUUCGGCAAGACUUGUGCAGUCUGUCUGACCCUGGAGUGCUCAGGAGCGAGAUAGACGAGAGGAAGAUCACGACCAGCCUGCCUUCUG